AUGUCUGAUCCUCGGCAGCGGGCGCCUUUUGCUCGUCUGGCAUCCUAUGCCACCGGACCCGUCCUCUCGGAGCCCAAAAGCGCACACCGGUCGGACUAUCCCUCAGGCUACGAGACGCCUCCUCGCGUAUCCUCUCCCGCUCCCAAUCCCUUCGCUAUCCCCACCCUCACCGUCCCCAAAGCCGACACGGUCCGCUUCGUCGCCCUCUGCAUAUUAUGGUACGGCUCGUCGGCUCUCUCGUCCAAUACCGGCAAGGUCAUCAUGACGAGCUUUCGGUUCCCAGUGACAAUGACGAUCAUACAAUUCUUCUUUGUCGCUGGGUACUGCAUCAUCAUCAGCAAGCUGGGAUGGGCAACGCGGCUGCGGACAGUCAAUUGGACACAUGUGCGGAGUACGCUCCCAAUGGCUGGGUUCCAGGUGGGAGGGCAUAUCUUUAGCUCGUUGGCGAUCAGUCGAGUUCCGGUUAGCACGGUGCACACCAUCAAAGCCCUAUCCCCUCUCUUCACAGUCCUCGCCUACGCCGUCCUCUUCUCGGUCUCCUACUCCCCCGCAACCUACAUCUCCCUCCUUCCCCUCACUUUCGGCGUCAUGCUCGCUUGCUCCUCCGACAUGGCAGCUUCCAACAUUUUUGGCCUCAUCUGCGCCUUUGGCUCCACCCUCAUCUUCGUAUCCCAAAACAUCUUCUUCAAAAAGGUCAUGCCCACCAACGCCGAGGCCUCGCAGCACGGCAAGCUGGACCGGAUCAACCUCCUCUAUUUUUCCUCCGGCCUCGCCUUCUUCCUCAUGAUCCCGGUAUGGAUCUACUCGGACUUUUGGCGUUUAUGGUCAUAUACCAACUCGAGCGCCAAGUCGGACUCCACCCUCGUCAUCUACUUCUUCCUGAACGGAACUGUUCAUUUCGCACAGAACCUUCUGGCAUUCGCCAUCCUUAGCUCCACUUCCCCCGUCACCUACUCGAUCGCGUCCCUCGUCAAGCGGAUAGCGGUCAUCUGCCUCGCCAUCAUAUGGUUCAAGCAGUCGGUGCACGCCCUACAGGGCGUAGGUAUUGGAUUGACGGCGGUCGGACUGUGGAUGUACAAUAAUUCCAAGAGGGAUGUUGAGAAGGGAGAGAAGCGGAUGCGGCAGGUGGAAGCAAGCAGGGAUGGUAUCUUGCCGCAGAACUUGGCGGAGGCGGGAGCGCUGCUCGGGGAUGGAUCCCGCAAGGAGUCGCACUCGCCGGCACCGUUCUACCCUUCUUCCCUUCCGCCAUCUUCCAUCCUGCACUCGGGAUAUCAACAUCCCGGACCCCUCCCUCCCGGUCCUCAUUCCGAAAAGUCACGCCCCUCUCCACCUCCAUCCGCCCCACCACAAGACUCCACCUCCUCCCGCCUUCGCCGCCUAUCCAAUGACCCACCCACAACGGCGGAGCCUAUACGCUUUCCCCGUGUCGAGGUGUAUAUGUCUCAGAGCAGCCCGUCGGGACCGCCAGUCGUCCGCUCCGACAUACGCCCCGCACAUGCGUCGAGAACCAGUGAAGGCGGAUCUACCCGGUAUACCAGGCCCUCACGUCCUCCGGCUUCCAGUAUCGACCCAACACGCCCCGAUCCUCAUUAUUCCACCUGA